UGUCUGUCUGGGAGUCAACGGUCCAGAUUCAUCGGUAGGCCGUUUAUGGUGUGAGAAAGGAGCAAUCGUCUUUCCGUUUCUUCCCUCCGAAGGUGCCUCCGAUCUGAUCGAUCGAUCGAUCGCCAAGGUCCGUCAGCAUGUGUUACGGCCACCAGCGAUCCUUAUCUAGAGACAACACCAACACCCCUACCACCGGCAGGUUGCCCGCCCGCAACUUCUCCGUCGUUGAAAACCUCCGGAAUCGGCUUGCGGAGACGGAGGCGCGUCUUGCGCGUGCCAGAGCUCGUGAGGCCGAGCUCAGCUGCCGCCUCGAGGAAAUGAAGCGAUUAGUCUCCGUCAUGGAGAUCCUCGAGGACUACCUCAAACGCCGGUUCCGGGAGACACAGGGGCAGGUGGCACGCCUCUUGUCUUCUUCAUCGCGAACAUAGAAGAAUUUCGCUUGUCAAUCAUGCCUAUACUAUGAUUUCCCAUUUUCAUGUUCUCUCUUCCUGCUUUUGUCUAUUGCAAUGUAAAUGCUGGUUGUGGUGUUGUUUAUGAUAAUUAAGGUUACUUCUAUCAAUCUCAUAGAUCUUCAAA